ACUCUUUUGUCUUGGGUGGUUUGGUGUGCUGGGUAGUUAUAGCUGGUGAAUCUUGAUUGGUAUCUUUGUGUAGCGUGCUUUUUUACCAAGACACGAGUGGAAUUACAAUAUUAUUACUGGUUACCAGUUUUGUUUGGUCUUAUUUUUUUAGUGUGUCACACAUCUUUCUUUACUGCUGGAUGAAGGUGUGUUAAAAAAUAUUUUGCCAGUCAACUACUUAUUGCUAUCUUACUUAUAAUAAGUAAGAUACCACACCUCGCGACGACUGCGACUUUGCUGCUGCGCAUUGUUUUACCUUAAUUUAAUUUAUUGCAACACAUUAUCAUUUAAAUUGUAAAUAUGUGUAUGAAGCUGUAUGCAUGCAAAAAAUAAACUGAAAUAUUUUUGCUGCACUUUAGUCUGAGACGUUUGACAACGAGCUUGUUUGGAAUUUAAAUAUCAACCUAACAUCCAAGUGUAACUGAGGUCAUACCAGAAAAUAAUAAUACUGACGGAUAAUCUUAAAGUGGGAAAGUUUUGGAUUAUUCUGAAACACACAUCUGCGAUUACAUAGUGAGUUUGGCGACUAGAUGUGCUACGUAACAUGAAAAGUUUACAAGUUUUUUUUGUGUAGAUAAGUUUUAUUUAUUUUCAAUUUAAAUCUAAUAAAGUUGGCACUCACUUAAUCUUAAUUACGUAGUUGAGUUUCAAGAGUUUGUGCAUUAACAAUGCUAGCUAUAAAUUGAGCUAUAAAUACAUAUAUGCACAUCGCUUAAGCAGACGGCUUUGUUAAAAUAUUAUAUGUGAGACUGCGAAUGGCCUAGCAUAAAGAUGAAUGCGUUGUGUAAUUGGGUCUUAAUUUUGUGGCCGUCGGAACAAGUAAUACCUUAUUAAAUAAAAGAUAUUUCUUCCUAUCUUCUAUCUCAUCGUAAAAAAGUUGCAUAAAAAGUGAAUAAAAAACGACGAUAUAGAUGAUACCAUAUAGCCAGAAAAGCUAGCAGACCUUGUAAAAUGCCAUCAUCUGGAGGCCAUACUGUAAUAAUAAAGUUGUGAUGCUGUGAUGGUGUCAAAAACUUGUGACCAUUUCAACACUGUAAUAAUAUCCAAAAGCUGUGUACCACUGACUGUCUGCAACCAUGAAUAAUCUCGAUACAAAUCCCUUCCAGAAUAUUAUCCAACUUGAGGAAAUCACGCAUUUUCAGAAGCCUCACAAUCAACCCCCAAAAUCAAUUCUAGCCACGCACAAGUACAAAUCGUCAUCUCCGUUGGACUACGAUUAUCAAAAUGGUUUUGGUGGUAACAAAAGUGGGAAAAAAGUGUCAUAUUCUCUCAACAAAGAUGACGAACCUAUUCCAUCAACCUCAUCGGAAAAAAUAUUCAGCCAUUUAUCAGAACCGGGCCAGUUUUCGAAUAAUUUUGACCAUGAAUAUGACGCCAGUUUGAGAUACGGACCAACAACGAGUGAUAGUCAACCACAUUCUUCCGGUUGUAAUGGAAGGAUCGGAUUUCGAGAGCGGAUUAACGAGGAAGAUGAUAGUGAAAGUGACACCGAGUUUCGCCGAGAUUUUACCCAAUUGCCCACUCGUGGGAGGGGUGACCCUGACCAGGUGUCGAUUAAAUCUUCAGGAUCCCAAGACUCUCAUGGGAGUGGUCGAAGAAAUAAUGGAUUUUUCUACAGUGGAAUCUCAGACGAAAAUUUAUUUCCGUUACCGAACGACAUUGAAGUGACCAGAAGUGACGUGAUUUUCGCCAUAAUUGUUUUUAUUAUCCAUUUGGGAGAACUUGUGACUGACUGCACCCUGACGGUGUGGCACUACCGAGAUGGACAAAAAUGGGGGUGUCUCUUCACCGUGACGCUAAUUGCGACAGGGGCUGUUUCCAUGCUGCAUCAGUUUGGAUUUAUUCAGCCAGACCAACUUGAUCGAACGUUCCGGAAAGGAAAGAGGAUGCGACUUUUGGUCAACUGCUUUCCAUUAGCGGCUUCGUCGUUUGUAUCUCUGGAAGGAGCAAUCUCGGCCAAAAAAGCGUUUUCCGAUGGAAUGCAGUCUCAGCAAUAUUUUAGAAUAUUGGAAGUCUCCAGAUGCGUGAUGAGAGUUCAGAGCUUUUUCCAAGCUGCGCCACAAGCUGCGUUACAACUGAUCAUUUUAAUGGAGAAUUUGCAUGACACUUCUUCAGACAAAGUAUGGUUCACAUUUGCAAAUAUUGUCAUCUCUCUUGUGGUCAUGACUAAUGCAAAUCUUCCGUCUAAGACGGACUCUCGGUUAAACGAAGCUCCCAGUAAGGCAGCUUAUCUCCCCUUUACGAGAAUAUUUGUCGGAAUGAGAAUGUUUUCUAGUCUGGGGUCUCGAUGCAUGGCGAUAACCUUCCUGAUGGUGGGUUCCCGUUGUAUCGUGGACCAUCUCGAUCUCAACCACCUUCUCCGUCUCUCAAAUGAUAACAGCACCAGAGAAAAUUAUUCGCAGUAUAUCUCCGAAGACUUUCCCUCCUCGUCGACCUCUUCUGCGGGAUGGUCCACUUUCACGGGCAUCUGUCUCCUCAUCUUUCCUCGAAUAAUUUUCACCAUCACGGAUUAUUGUGCAAUGAAGAGGAGUACUUUACGAAAUAUCGAGCAUUAUCGAGACCAGCCGGAACUUGGGGUCUCAUCUAGUCAUCCGAUCGACCGAGUUCCACUAGGUCGCAUUUUUGUCGGUUAUCUCGCAACUAUUUUCUUUCCUGUGGGGGACCCUUUCUGGUUAUUUUGGUAUUCGUGGUGUGAGGCGGCGAUUUUCAUUAUUUUCGGCAAUGUCGCCUCUUUCACGCAUUCCUGCCUGAAUCGAUGGACGAGUGGGGUUUAUACGACGAUAUUUGUGGUCACGUUUAUCCUUAUCCCAUGCAUCAUCCCGGCCGCGAAGGCUGCAGUCCACAGGAGGAAGAUUGUCAAGGUCAGGAGAAUUUUACAGGUUCAAGUUGUCGACGAUGGUGACCCACCACCACAGGAUUCCAUGUCUUCCGGAAGAAAUGUGACGAAUAAUAAUGAAAUUUGGGGGAAAUAGCAAAAGUAAUAGUAAAUAUGACACUAUUCCUUCUUAGUACAAUAAUUUUGAAUAUUUAUAGUUGUGCAAUAAAAUUUUACCUGAAAGAACGA